UGAUAUAAUGCAGCUCGUAGUUAGUGUCAUCCUCCUAGCCUAGGGAAGAUACGAGACCCCCGCCCGUCUGCCACCCUGUAACCUAAAACAGACAUGUCUGACUUCACUGAAGACCAGAUCAUGGAAUUCAAGGAGGCGUUCCUCUUGUUUGACCGGACGGGUGAGGGAAAGAUCACCUUCAGCCAGUGUGGUGAUGUCAUGCGGGCCCUCGGUCAGAACCCCGUCAAUGCUGAGGUGCUCAAGGUCCUGGGAAACCCCAAGUUAGAAGAGAUGAACCACAAGAUGCUGGAUUUUGAACAGUUUCUGCCCAUGCUUCAGGCGAUUGCCAAGAACAAGGACCAGGGCUCCUUUGAGGACAUUGUAGAGGGUCUGCGUGUCUUUGACAAGGAGGGAAACGGUACAGUGAUGGGAGCCGAGCUACGUCAUGUGCUCACUACACUAGGUGAGAAAAUGACGGAGGAGGAGGUGGAGACUCUUCUAGCAGGACACGAAGACGCCAAUGGCUGCAUUAACUAUGAAGAACUCGUCCGUAUGGUGAUGAGCGGUUGAGGAGUUCAGAUUCACACAUCUCCAGCUUUAAUCUUAUUCCUAAAUGUUUUUGUUUGGUUUGUCUCUUGUAACCCGUCCAUCAAGUCAUCCUACCUCCAACAAGUCUGUUUAUUUUGUUGUCGUUUUUUUUUUUUACAUCUGUAUGACAUUUUUUAAGUGCCUUUUCUGUCUAAUGUGAAUAACCCCUUUCAUCUUAGUCUCAACAGUAUUACAUCUCACAGGUACAGUUGUACAUUCUGAUGAUUUAACAUUCUCACUCUCAGUCAGUCUCGUUGUCAUUAGUUUGUUUGUGUGUACAUGAUAAUGUGAAAUGUUACAUUGAACAGUAUUGAAUAAACAUCCUUCUUUCCAAAGUGUC